AUGGGCUUCGUCGCAAUAUGCACCGCCGUCUAUGAUUACCAGCCACAGAGUGCAGGCGAGCUAGAAAUAAAGGAGGGAGAACUACUCUACAUUCUCGAAAAGAGCACCGAAGAUGACUGGUGGAAGGCCAAGAAGAAAGCUGCCGCCGAUGAUGAUGACGAGCCCGAAGGUCUGAUCCCGAACAACUAUGUCGAAGACGCGAAGCCCAUAAAUACCGCCAAAGCUCUCUACGACUACUCUCGGCAGACCGAUGAGGAAGUCUCUUUCACUGAGGACGCCGAAUUGAAGGUAUACGAUGUCUCCGACCCGGACUGGACCUUGGUCGGAGUGGGCGACGACUAUGGUUUCGUACCAGCGAACUACAUCGAGCUCUCCAGCGCUGCUCCAACUGCCCCAGGCCUCCCUCCGCGCUCCCCUUCUGUUCGAUCGCGGGGGUACUCGAACCCGACAGAGGCUGCACCUGAUGCUCCUGCCAGUCCGGCAUCUCCGGCAAGAUCGAUUCACAGUCCUGCCGCCAACCUGGCCCGCGUUCUGGGCGGAGGAGCCCCCACCUCACCUAUCGACGCUCGAACAGUUUCCUCCCCACCACCGGCUUCUCGGCAACAGUUCACUCCAGAAGCAUCGGAAGAGGAUGAGCCUGCCCCGGCGCUUCCGCGCAGACCUAUAUCGCAAGAGCAUUCACAAGGGCCUCUUCCUUCUCCGCCGUACAACAGAGCUGUACCGCCGCUAGAAGAUGAAGCAAGCCAACUACGAUCGCCUGGCGGGUUCCACCUGUACAACAUUAGCGAAAUGGUCUCGGCUAUGGGGAGGAGGAAGAAGAUGCCGACGACUCUGGGUAUCAAUAUUGCCACGGGCACAAUCAUGCUCGCUCCCGAAAAGUCGAGGGAUGGGCCUCAGCAGGAAUGGACCGCAGACAAAAUGACCCACUAUUCAAUCGAAGGCAAGCACGUCUUCAUCGAACUGGUCAGGCCGAGCAAGAGUUUAGAUCUACAUGCCGGCGCGAAGGAUACUGCGCAAGAGAUUGUUUCGGCAUUGGGUGAAAUUGCCGGUGUCCAGCGAUCAGAAGGUCUCAGAGAGGUAAUUACCGCUGCUAGCGGUGGCGGAAGUCACAAAAAGGGACAGGUGCUCUACGACUUCAUGGCUCAAGGCGAUGACGAGGUCACAGUCGCUGUGGGAGAUGAGGUCAUCGUUCUGGACGAUACGAAAUCCGAGGAGUGGUGGAAUGUACGACGCCUCAAGAACGGUAAAGAAGGCGUUGUGCCCAGCAGCUACAUCGAGGUUACAGGAUUUACGACAAUCGAGCCGCCUUCGCGUUCAGGGCUGAACGCAGGCUUGUCUGUGGUUGAACAGAAUCGUCUCGAGGAAGAAAGGCUGGCAAAAGAGGCAGCGAGGGCUGACAGAGCUCGACAAGAAGCAGAAGCCGCCAGAACCCGCAAUGAAAUCCCUAAACGAGGGAGCAGUCUCGCCGACGACCAACCUCAACACCGGAGGGAUCGGAGAGACAGGGAUGAUCGCAAGAAAAGCCGGUCUAAGCCAGAUACUGCUAAGGUCAGGACCUGGACGGACCAUUCUGGCACAUUCAAAGUUGAAGCUCAGUUUUUGGCGGUUGCGGACGGGAAGAUUCACCUACACAAGGUCAAUGGCGUCAAGAUCGCCGUUCCUGUAACGAAAAUGUCACCAGAAGACCUUGAGUACAUUGAAAAGGUAACGAACGAAUCGAUCGAAGAGCACAUUCCAGUGGCUGAUCUUAUCAAGAUGAAGCGCCGAAGCCAAGAAGCAUCCCAGUCCUCUCGAAGCGGAGCCAGCGUGCAACCCAAGGCUCUAGAACAUCCCAAAGGCCCCGAUUAUGAUUGGUUUGAUUUCUUCCUUAAGGCUGGUGUCGGUCCUCAUCAAUGCGAGCGGUACUCUCAAGCCAUGAUUCGAGAUUCUAUGGACGAGUCCGUCCUGCCUGACAUAACGGCCGAAACGCUACGGACAUUAGGCAUUAAAGAAGGCGAUAUCCUGAAGAUCAUGAAGUUUUUGGAUCAGAAGUUCGGUCGAGUCAGGGCUCCUAGCACAAACGGCACCGGAACCAAUGGCGAACAGGCACAAGGAGGACUGUUCUCAGGGGCGGGCGGAGAGCUUCGUAACAAUACGCGCAGGGGGAGACCGGAGGCUACCAGGACGACGAGCGAUACUGUCGAUGCGGAUGCAUUUGCUGCAAAGGAAGACAAGAAAGGUCCGCCUUCUGAAGCAAAAGCCACGCCACUCGCCCAGGCUCCUCCGAGAGAACCAGUCCAGAGCGGCUUUGAUGACGAUGCCUGGACAGUCAAGGCUCCGCUUCAACCAGCCCGCCCUCGAGCGGCUUCCGCAGCAUCGCAAUCGACGGGUGCUCCUUCCGCGCCUCCGAUGCCUAAGCAGCCGACAGGGGCAGCGAGAGACUUGACAGCGUUGCUGGAUGGACCGUUGCCGGCUCCGCUGCAACCAUCACCAGCACCGAUCCAGCAGCCACCAGCGCAGUCCCAACCAGCCCCUCAACCACAACAGGGUCCUACUCCUGCUCUGUCCGCACCCGUACAGCAAGCUCAACAGACAGGCGCAAAUCCGGCCUUCUUUUCCCAGAUUCCACAGCAAAUGCCCCCACAGCAAACUGGCUUCCAGCCGCAGCCACAGCCUCAAGUAACUGCUUUUCAAGCUCAACCCUCACUCAGUGUUCCCAGACAGCGACCACUGCCCCCUCAGCAGACAUCCACUGGGCUUGCGCUCCUUUCUCCUCCGCCUCGACCAACUUCUGCUCCUCAGAAUCCGAACCAGAACCAGUUCGGUCUCCGGCCGCUACAGCCUCAGCUGACCGGCUUUCCAUCCACAGCACCUUUGCAGGUACCUCCAGGCCAGAGCCUGAAUGACUUGUCUCAACAACGACUACAGCAACAAAUUCAGCAGAUGCAGCUACAGUCACAACCCAUCGGCUUUGCUCAGCCAGCGCAGGGCGUGGGACAAUUCGGUCUUCCUCCUCAACCCACGGGUUUCCAACAACCACAGCAAUACGGCCAGUUCCAACAACCUUAUCUCAAUGGAAAUGCUGCAGGAAGUCCUUUCGCAGAUCCUCGUCCGUCUUUCCAACCUCAACCUACUGGAUUUCAGCAAAGCCCACCACCGGGUGGCAUAAAUUCGAUUCUGCCACCCGCACUUCAGCCGCAAAGGACAGGGUUUGGGUCGCCACCUCCUCAAGCGCAGCUAAAUGGGUUCGGACAGGGCAUUCAGUCACAGCAGACUGGCUUUCCUCAACCUCAGCCAUUCCAAACCCAAAUGACAGCUUUCCAAUCGCAGCCACUUCAACCACAAGCCACCGGCUUUGGACAGUCGCCUCAACAGAACGGAUUUGGGAACUUUCAGCAAUUGCCGGUGCCGUCUGUUCCGCCUCUGCCACCGAUGCCUCAGCUGCCAACUCUGGCGCCUCUACAGCCGCAAAAGACUGGUCCUGCUCCUGACGUAAAGUUCGGUAGCCAGCCAAAGAAAUUGGUGCCUCAGCCUACUGGGAGACGGGCAAACCUUGCCAAUGCAUGUGAGUUUGAGCUUCCCCGGGUUGGAAAUAGAUGA